UUUUCUUCACUGUCUGAAUUGCUUUCUUUCCCUUAUGAACUAAGAAAAGCUCCACUCUUUUCCACAACCUCCACGAUCCGUGUAAAUCCAUCGCUCUUGAUGUUUUCCUGCUUCCGAUUCACCCAUUGGGUUUGAUCGCACGAAGCAUCACAGUUCACGAUUCAUGAUCAUGGGUCGUGUUUUUACCUUUCGAGUUCGCGCCUGUCUGCUGAGCUUUAUUCAAUCUCUCCCUGUUUUUGAAAGAAGAGUGUAGUAUGUCUGCGUUUCUCGGGUUACUGCAAUGCGUCCUCUGCUGUGAAGAGGAAGACGUUUAUGAGUAUCGCCAAGCUCAGAGAAAUCUUGGGCAUGGUGGUACUCCUCUUCUCGAUCGAAUUCGAAGCGCCUUUGGUUUGUUGCCCACACAUCAUCGUCAUCAAGAACAUGAAUCGCAGUCAGAGACUUCACGGUCGCUGCGCUGGAAUACCCACAAGCCAUCACCUCUCAAAUUCACGCCUCCUUCCUCAUCAUCCUCCCCUUGCCAUGUUGUUGUGCACAAUCCAAUGACCAGAGAACCAAUCAGGCCUAAAAAUGAACCAAAUUUGACCAGGAAUGUUAGUGGCUCAACCCAGUCUUCUCAUGUCACAUGUCCUUUUAAAGCAGUCCCUUCGGCUUCUCCGAAACCAUCCCCUUCUGUAUCAAAGCCAUCAACCGCCACUUCCAGUGAUCCGUUUGUUUCCCCGGCUAAAGCGGUCAUUUCGGCUCACAAGAAUCAGUAUGUGUCCAAGUCAUCUCAAUCUUCGAAUGAGCCAUCUUUAUCUCGCUUGGUACAUCCUUCUCUUUUGAAAACAUCCUCGCCAACUCCAUCUCCUUUCAAAGCAGACCCUUCGGCUUCUCCUAAACCAUCCCCUUCUGUAUCAAAGCCGUCAACCGCCACUUUUAGUGAUCUGUUUGUUUCUUUUGCCAAACCGGCGGCCAUUUCGGCUCACUCGAAUCAGUAUGUGUCCAAGUCAUCUCAAUCUUCGGAUGAGCCGUCUUUAUCUCGCUUGCUACAUCCUUCUCUUUCGAAAACAUCCUCACCAACUCCAUCUCCAUUCAAAGCAGUCCCUUCGGCUUCUCCCCAACCAUCACCUUCAGUAUCAAAGCCGUCAACCGCCACUUCUAGAGAUCCAUUUGUUUCGGGGACCAAACCGCCACAAAUUUCCACUCAAUCGAAUCAGAAUGUUGCAAAACUGCCUCGGCCUUCCGAUGAGCCGUCUUCAUCUCGUGUGCAGUCUCCUUCUUUGUCGAAAACAACCUCUCCUACCCCAAAAGCGCAGGAACGUUCUGCUCAACAAUAUAAGCCACUCUUACAUGCAGUUUGCACACUUUCGCAAAAUACGCCAAAGAAAACUGUUUAUGUCCAGGAAGAUACUUCCGCUAUUUACAACAUCCCCAAGGAUAUCGAAGAUUUGAUAAAGCGGGACAUUGUGCCAGGGGUUCUCCGGAAACCACUAUCUCCAUCGACCUAUAGGGAUUAUUUUGCAGCUCUUCUUUAUGCGGAGGACUUCUAUAUUGAGAAAUGGACUGAUUUCAUUCUGAAGGAUGUCACUUUGGAGCUGCAUCAAUCGAUUAUUAACAAGAAUAUAGGGGACAAUGAUUUCUCCAGGGAGAAAGUUUGUGUAACUUUUGUCAAAUUCAAGAUGGAAUCUAUACCAGAACGUCGACCCUUCCUUCUAUCGAGAGAUUUUGUUUUUGCAAAGCCCCUCAAUAAGAAAGAUACACAGUAUCAGGGUUUAGUAUAUCGAGUGGAGAAAAGGUCUGUUGUCUUAGCAGAGUUUGGAGAUGAUUUUCACUCCCGGCAUCAUUCAAGCAGCAGAUACAACAUCGGCUUUUCUUUCAAUAGAGUUUGCUUGAAGAGAGCUCAUCAAGCAGUUGAAGCCGCCGCUGAUUCUUCGUUCGGCAACUUCCUUUUCCCCAAAUGUACAUUCAGACGUAAUUUGUUUGCCUUGCCAUCUCUCUAUUUUUCAAAUGACGUGCUUUACUCGGACCAGAGAUCCGCAAUCCGUCAGAUUCUAACUCUCAAAGGUUCAGCACCAUUUCUCAUUGAGGGUCCUCUUUGUACGCGGGGCCUAAGCCUAUCAAGGGCUGGAGUAGUGGUUAGGGAAGCUGUGUCGCGAGUAUACCGAUGCUCUAAAGAUCCUAAGAUUCUUGUGGCUGCACCUAUAAACAAAACGUGCGAUGUUCUGAUGAGAAGCUUGAAGAAGGAAAUCCCAGAUUCUGAAAUAUUUCGAGCAAAUGCUGCUUUCCGUGAGUACGAUGGCGUGCCUGAUGACAUUCUCCCUUCGUGUCUUUAUAAAAGGAAAAGUGAGUGUUUCGCUUGUCCUCCCCUCCAGGAACUUAAAAGAUUCAAGGUAAUUUUUUCGACUUUUGUGAGUAGCUUCAGGCUACACAAUGAAGGCAUCAACGCGGGACACUUCAGUCAUAUUUUCCUCGUCGAUGCAUCAUCCACUUCCGAGCCAGAGGCAAUGAUUGUGCUAGCUAAUUUGGCCAACGAGGAUACAACUGUUGUAGUCACUGGUGCGCAGGGAAAUCGCUCAGGGUGGGUGCGAUCCCCAAUUGCUCAGAAGAAUGGUCUCCGGAUAUCAUACUUUGAGAGGCUCAAAGAAUUUAGACCGUACAAGAACCUCGACCCUGCAUUCAUUGCCCGAUUGGACCCUGAGCCGGAAUCAGACGAAACUAACAGCUAUUGAGUAUCAGUUGAUGUUGGAUACAAGCUCAAUAAUGCUCUUGAUGUGCUUUGUUUUCUCAUUUCCAUGUUUGAGCUGAGUUGCAUGAGAAAGGGACAAAAAUUAUGUAGGUAUGAGUAUGUACACAAUUUGCCCUUAAUAAAUCGAAGCAGGUUGGUUUUCUGUUUGUAA